GAGCAUGCGCAGGAGAACUCGCGCAUGCGCCGUAGCCGCCUUUUUCCUGAGGAGGAAGCAGCUUCGUGAGAUGUGAGGCUUAGACGCCGUGGAGAGGCGCCAUGCCUCACAGGACAGAACUCUAUCAAAAUUUCCCGCCAACAUGUUGGCCUAUUGUGUAUUCUCCAGAUUAUAACAUUACAUUUAUGGGACUGGAGAAACUACACCCAUUUGAUGCUGGAAAAUGGGGGAAAGUCAUAAAUUUCUUAAAAGAAGCAAAACUAAUUACAGAUGACUCAAUUGUAAGAGCACAAGAAGCAAGUGAAGAAGACCUUUUGGUUGUUCACACACGGCAGUACUUGAAUCGAUUAAAGAAGCACAUACUGGAAAGCUUUGAAGAGUGGUCAUUUGUUGUGGCUACCAUUACCGAAAUCCCACCGGUUCUUUUUAUGCCCAAUUUCUUUGUACAGAGGAAAGUGCUCAGACCUCUGAGAACACAAACAGGAGGAACAAUAAUGGCAGGGAAACUGGCCAUUGAGAGAGGAUGGGCAAUUAAUGUUGGUGGUGGUUUUCAUCACUGCUCAGGUGAUCGAGGUGGAGGAUUUUGUGCAUAUGCAGAUAUUACAUUGGCCAUAAAGUUUUUAUUUGAAAGAAUAGAAGGUGUUUCUACAGCAACUAUAAUCGAUUUGGAUGCACAUCAGGGGAAUGGUCAUGAAAGAGACUUCAUGGACGACAAAAGAGUGUACAUUAUGGAUGUAUAUAACAGUUCUAUUUAUCCGGGAGAUGGAUUUGCUAAACGAGCCAUAAGGCGUAAAGUCGAAUUGAACUGGGGCACGGAAGAUGAAGAAUAUCUUCAGAAAGUAAGAAUGCACGUGGAAGGUGCAUUGAAUGAAGUGAAAUCAGAUAUCAUUAUCUAUAAUGCUGGAACUGAUAUUCUGUAUGGAGACCCCUUGGGAGGCCUGGCUAUUUCACCUCAGGGAAUUAUUGAAAGAGAUGAAAUCGUAUUCAGAGCUGCUUGGAGACACCGAAUUCCAAUCUUGAUGGUGACCUCUGGAGGCUAUCAGAAGAGGACGGCGCGGAUUAUUGCAGAUUCCCUCCUCAAUUUGCAUCAUGUAGGGCUCAUUGAUAAAGAAAGACCUUGCAAUUGGAGAAGCUAGAUUCACCAAGGUAGAAGCAGGAAGCGAACAGUAGGAAAUAUCAAAUAACAUGUCAGUAAAGUAGGAGGAUUUCGAGUGUUAUUUAAUGCUAAAGCAACUCUAAUUGUUUAAUAUUUAAACCAACAGACAAGUAAUGUCCCCAGUUCUCAUAGAAUUAAUGUAAUAUAUUUUUUUUAUUUGCUUGACAGUGACAGUCAUAUGAGGAAUGCCAGCAGAUGGAUGAUGCUUUUCACAGGCUUUUCCAGUGGUUUUAAAUGCUUUGUUGGCCUAAGAGGGACAAAAAAUCCUGAAUAUUUUUUUCCUGGGGUCAUGAUAUAAAAAAAUAAUAUUCCUCUUUGUCUUGAUGUGGUGUCUCCCUUUGCUGAAAGGAGAAUCAUGUAUUAUAUGAGGACUAUACCAGUCAUUUCUGCAGAUUGACAGAGAAAUACCUUCAAGCUUAGAGCAAGAGUAUUUAGCUUCUAGAGUAGUGUAUGUGUUGAAAGUACAAAAUGGAGCACUUUUUCAGCCACUGCCAAAUAUAUUUCUAUCAAGAAAAUAGCAAAACCUUUUAAAAUGUGAGGUCAUAAUGUGUCUUUUAUUAACUGCUGAAUAUCCUUCACUGGAUAAGAGAGGCAAGUUUACACUUUCCUCAAAGGUGUACUUCCCUAUCAAGAUGAUAAAUACUGCUCUUGAGCAUAAAUUGUCCUAUUCUUUUAGAUAAGGAAAUAGGUCAGAUUAGAAUUGCAUGCAAAGGCCUGUGAUUGUACAACUGCCAGAUCAAUAUCUUUCCUCUCCAGAGUGACAUAACAAACUGUUGCCCUUUUGUAGUUUUAAGUUGUUUGCAGCUGAAAAUCUAUAAUCAUGUUUUUAAAUUGUUUAUGUACUUUGAAAAGAGUCUGUGGGAGUGGUACUGUAGGUAGGACUAAAGCUCAGAAUUGCUAAAAUGCGGGAUUUUGGUCUCACUGGGGAGAUUUUGUGAGCUAAAUUCAAGUACUAUACGACACCCUUAUCUGUGGGACCACUACCCACAGUUCUUUGUGGUCUUUACUAUUUUGCACCUGCACAAAGCACCACUGAGAACUUUGCAGAGCUUCUCUGAUGCCUUUUUGGUUGUAACCUUGUCCCUUCUUCAUGCUGCAGAUGUGGGUGGUUUCCACCAAAUACCUCAAUUCCUUUACUUCUUCCAUGACAGCAGCACUGUGAUCAAUGCUGCUGUCAAGGAGUGAUGGAUCGCUGAGCGAUUGAUCACUCCUUCAGGAGGUAGAUAGAAGUUAGUCUUUGUAUGUAGAAAUGGGGAAGAAAUUUUGGUGUGGUAUAUUAUGGGGUUCUUGUUUUAGUGUUUCUUCAUCAUGGUUUCUGUGAAAUCGCACAUAGGGGUCUUUUGCGCAUGUGCAAAGAAGUUCAGAACCGUCUAGAAGUUAUAAAAUGAAACAUUUUGGUGGUAGCCUUGCCCACUUUCCCGUGUGUGUGUGUGUGUGUGUGUGUUGCCAAGGCGGGGCUGAAGUCUUAACUCCUUUUGUCUGCCGCAAAAGCAGCAGUUUUAGGAACCUCUCUAGCACAUAUUCUUCACGGUUUUUGGACUUGGACACAUUUGUUGACUACUCCUUUUGAUACUACCAUGGACUUGACUCAUUGAUUGACCGAUUUCCUAGCUAUGACUCGGCUGUCCUUCAGACUCUGCUCACGCUCAACAGACAGGCUAGUUUUUCUCUCUACUCCUUGCAGCGGUGGCAUACACAACGAUGCCACAAAAUGCAUGUCGUGCAGAGGUCAAUGGCCUGAUGCAGAUGGCUGCACUUAUGUUCCUUCUGUGUUUAGAGGAGACCCGUGCAGUCCAGGCCUGUUUCUGAAUGAAAUUUUGCUUUGAAAAUUUGGUUCACCUCUGGGACUUCCCAAUGGCCAAAGAGGGGAAUCAAUUUCUCAAUGUGGAGUGAUCACUCAUGGUGAGCAAUGUUCUGCUUAGGUGGUCUGCUAAGACAUUGUCUUUCCGGGAAGGUGGAUCACCAUUAGGUUUAUUUGCUUGGUGAUGCACCAGUCCCACAGGAGGAGUAUGAGUGACAGAAAUGGGGCAGAGUGUGUUGCUCCUUGCUUGUUUAUGUAAUACUUUGUUAGUGGUGUUGUCCUUGAUAAUCUGCAUUACGUGUUCUGACAGUGUGGGUUUGAAGGCUCUCAGAGCCUUUUUGGCCAUGAGGAGUUCUAAGCAGUUUAUGUGGUUGGAAGACUCCUCUUCUGACCAGGUUCCUUGGACAGUGAGGUGGUCGGUAUUGGCACCGCAUCCCCGCAGGGAAGAAUCUGUCAUCAAAAGCCAGGUAGGAUUGGGUGGUUUUAAAAGCAAUCCCACAGAGACAUUCCACCUCUUGGUUCAUCAUAGGAGUGCUGGAUGUCAAUGGGAGUGACAAACGAGUGUUGGGGUUGCCUGGCAGUAGGUCGGAGGUAUUGAGGAACCACGACUGUAGAGGCUGAAGGAGGAGCCUGGUAUACGAGGUGACUGCUGUAUUUGAAGCCAUAUGUUCCAAGAUAACUUGUAUGUGCCUGGCUGAUAGAUAUGGUUGUGAACUUGCUUGAAGGGAAGCAUUCUUCAGGGCAUAAAAUCAGUCCUCCAGGAGGAACGCCUUCUGCAGUUGGGAAUCCAGGAUAGCUCCAAUAAAUUGGAUGCGACAUGUCGGUUCAAAAUGUGACUCUUCCAAGUUCACUAUCAGACCUAAGGACUAGAGAAAGGAUAAUGUAGAAAAAAUGUGAGAGGUUAGUUGCGGUCUUGGCCAUCAACAACCAGUCAUCAGUGUAUAGGUAAACUGUAAAGCCUCUAAUGUAAAGGCAUGCUACCACAGCGGCCAUUCUUUUAGUAAAGACCUGAGGGGAUGCGGGGAGUCUGAAGGAGAGGACAUUGAAACAAAAAGCUUGUUCCCUAAUCAUAAAUGACAAGAAUCUUUGAUAAUUCUUCUGUGUGGAUAUAUGGAAGUAAGCAUCCUUCAAAUCAAUGGUGGCAAACCAAAUACAUUUAUUCAGUAAUAGAAGGAUUGAGGAAA